AUGUGCAACGAAACGUCAGUGGCAUUAAACACAGAUUCAAGGGAUGAAAAUGAAGUAAAAAGACCUUUGAAAGACACGCUGGUGCUUUCGUUUUCUUUUCUAGCUAUAUACACGUCCUAUCUCGCUAUACAAAACCUCCAGAGCAGUUUAAAUGAAGAAGGAUCCUUAGGGGUAGUUGCAUUGUCUUGUUUGUAUGGUACCAUUAUAUUAUCGGGAAUAUUGGCACCGUCCUUUAUCAAAAUAGUUGGUGCCAAACGAUCAUUAGUGAUAGCUUGGAUUAUACAUACUGUGUAUGUUGGGAGUAACUUCUAUCCUUCAUGGGCUACUCUAAUUCCUUCAUCAGUGCUUCUUGGUGGAAUUGCUGGACCUAUGUGGACAUCUCAAGGAUUGUACCUGACUGCAAAUGGAAAUGCAUAUUCCAAGUUAAUCAACGAAAAUUUUCAUUCAGCGUUAAGUAAAUUGAACGGUAUCUUUUUUACUUGUUAUGAAGCUACACAAAUAAUUGGAAAUCUCAUUUCAUCAUUAGUUUUAAGCAAAUCGUCUUCCGUCGAAAACAAUAACACAGCGAUAUCUUGUGGGGCUGAAUUCUGUGCUACUGCCUCUAAUGUAACGAGUGUCAUCGAAAAACCAGAUCAAAAUGUGAUAUACAUCUUAUUGGGAAUAUUUCUAGCGUGUGACUUAGUAGGAUUGUGUUUGACGUUUUUCUUUUUACCGGAAUUAAAAAUGAAAGCAUCUCAGGACAAACCAAUAUCCAAUUCAGUGGUAUCUUGCUGCACUACUAUGGUGGACAAAAAGAUGUUACUUCUCAUACCAACAUUUAUGUCUAAUGCAAUGACUCUUGGUAUUCUGUUCGCUGAUUACACACAGGCAUUUAUAAGUUGCUCUCUUGGUAUUUCAAUGGUUGGUUUUAUAAUGGCGAGUUAUGGUGGGACUACUGCUGUUCUGGCUCUGUUUGUUAGUCGUAUGGCAAAAUAUACUGGAAGAUAUUCCCUCUUUAUCGUAGGCAAUAUAAUAGACGCCGCAAUGCCAAUAGCGCUGCUGUAUUGGAAUCCUAGCCCCGAUCACCCAGCUUUCUUUUACAUUGUUCCGACAGUUUGGGGAGUUGCUGAAGCUAUAUUGCAAGCCCAGUUUAACUCGCUGGUGAGCAUCAUGUUCGAAGAAAAACUGGAUUCAGCUUUUGCUAACUAUCAUACGUCAAAGGCGUUGGCUUUCACUGCAACAUUUGUACUCGGUACAUUUCUGUGUCUUAAAACACGACUGUAUAUAGCAAUUGGUGUGUCUUUAUUUGGAUUCUUAGGUUAUAUUUCUGCAGAACUUGUCUUCCACAGACAGACAAUGUCUAUUCAAAAAUAG